AUCUCUCGGGCACCGUCUACAAAGAUCGAUGUUAUUAAAAAUCAAGCUCAUCGCUUUUAAAAGUUCGCGCGGAAAUCAGGCCGUCGGCCAUUAGAUUAUGUACAUCUGUCAGGAGAGUACAAAUGUUCGUCCAAUUAACUAAUCUUAGCCUAAAUGCCCAGAUUGCUUAAUGCAGAAACAUGAAAGAUCGUGCGGGACAUCGACCCGGUUUCGGCCUUGUUUGUUUCGAGCAAUUUGAAACCAUAUUUAGCAUUUCGGCUGACGUUGGGGUGUAUUUUUAGGGAAUAAGUAACAAAACGUGUGGCCUUACUUCAAGUCUAAGAUGUAUCAGGGCGUUCAGUUACCCCUGUGUCUCAUAUGUGGGUUAUAUUCACAGGAUAUCCAGAAGCACCGUCCGGGCUUCCCGUCCUCUCUGAAGUUGUCUAACGGUUAUAUUUUACCUGAGGGCAAGAUGACGCCCAACACACUGUUCGUCGGCGGGAUCGACAUGAAGGUGGACGAAAACGAGAUCAGAGAGUUCUUUGCCAAGUACGGGUCUGUGAAAGAAGUGAAAAUCAUCACUUAUCGAGGAGGGAUAUGCAAAGGGUACGGUUUUGUUUAUUUCAGCGAGGACGUGGAUAUCCAGACGAUUGUUGAUCAGCCGAUCAGUUUUAAAGGGAGAAAACUCAAACUGGGACCUGCCAUCAUGAAAGAGCGAAAUUAUCGUUCCAUGUCGUCUUCAAUGAUUGGUCCAUCGCAGUGGAUGAGCCCCAGCCCGUAUGUGUACUGCAGCUGCUGUCCCCAAGGCCUGGCCCCCCCCUCACCUGUCUUCAAUGGAGGGAAUCAGUACGUGCAGCCUUACUCAUACUCCAGUCCUCCAGGAUUUAUUGUCCCACAGGUGCCCAUGAACUAUGCACAGACCACAUAUGCAUACCAGUAUCCCGUGCCACAGUGGUGUGGAGAGCAGAGGACGAGGCUUGUCAAUCAGAACUAUGUGGAUUGUGGAGUGCAGACCUUGCUAACCCUUCUUUAGCCUUCAGCGCUGGCACAGACUCAUUUUCUUGGGAAGAAACCUACAGAAGCAAAGGUGAACGACCUGAUGGAGAUCAAGCAAUGGAGUUCAUUGUGCUUUCAAACACCCUCGGUGUAUUUUGAGGGAAUGACAUUUAUGAUCAUACGAUCAUACUGUAACCUAAUUCCUGAAACACGCACACAUUGAAACAUUUGACAAGCUUUGUUUCCUUUGGCUUAUUCCACCCAUUUAUUUGUAUUGUCUGUGUUUUUCUUUCUUUGUCAUGGCCAACAAGCUUUAAAAGACACUUUUAAGCUCACAAAUGCAUAUUUAUAUUUUACGUUUGCUUAUUUUAAAGUUUGUCUCACUGUUGGUGACGCACCGUAUGCAUUUAGGUAACUUCUGACUGUUCGGCCUGUUGUUUUAAAUUCAUUUACUUGUUUAGGCUGUUGAGUGUUCACUGUUCAAGUGUUUUUGUUUUGGGGGUUUUCACAUUCAGGGCACAUGUUUGGUUGAGCACUAGGGUACAGUGGCUUCCCCUUCCCUUUUUACUCUAAAUCUACUUUCAUCAGUCAUUAUCACUGUACUUCUAUUACUUCAUUAGUUUUUUUUUCUUUUCUUUUGGUGCAAUUUAGAGGUGUAAAUAUGAUCAUUGCAUUAAUUUUUUUUUUUUAACUGAGCCCUGUAAGUCACAGCAGGUCACAGUAUGGUUGACUUGUUUAAAAUGAAAGCGAUGACGGAGUAUUGAUAUCACUGUGAACACAGACAAGCUGCAUUUGUUUUUUUGUUUUUUCUACUUUUCCAGCACUUUUUUUCACACCAGAGUUUUGUUUUCUAGAUUUCCAGAGUUAUGGGUUAUUGUUGUACUGGACACAAAGCACUAAUUUUAUUCAGUGUUGCAACGUUGUUCUUAGAGGUUUGUUUCUCUUGUAGGGGGGCUUUGAUUUAUUAGCUGUAGCUUAUUUGUCAGAUAACUUUUAAAAACCAACUUCAACUGACUUGUGUUGAAAUUUCUCAGAUUCAUUUCCCAUUGCUUCAUGGGAGUUGUGAUGUAUAUUGUACCAUAGUCUGAGAGCUUCUAAUCACUGUACUCCAGGUUUGCCUUUGUAUAUAUGUUUGGGAUUUUGAUGUUGGCAUUGUACGGUUUUGUUGUUUUUGUUAAUAAAAGAAAGUUGAAUUAAUUUA